GUAGACAAAGACAAAAUAUAUUCAACACAGCAACAAUGCACAAGCUGGUAUUCUGCUGUUUCAUUAUUAUCAGCUUCUCCCAUCCUCUCUCGUCUCUCCCCAUCACCAACGCCAGUGAGAUGUCUUAUCAACUCUCAGCUGAUGAAGAUUCAAGAUUAAGUCUGGAGCGGUUGGGCAGCCUAGGCAGCACUUCCCUGCUUCAGUUUCUGCCAGAGCUCUUGGGCACGCUGACUGAAGACAACAAAGCAGGUCUUAGUCCCAGCAGCUACAACACAAGGGAGAAUAUCAAAGAGACUUUCUAUGGAAAUCAUCCUCGAAUUGCUUUGCUGGGCCGCUUCUUGACCAAGGACAGGAAACAGUACAAGAAACGUGGGAAUCUUUCAGAGUGCUUCUGGAAAUACUGUGUGUAAACCAGAGAAGAAACUCUCCCUGACUUUGGUUGCA